CGCCCGGCUAUAAAAAUCGUCAACAACAUGAACUUUGAACUUCUUGAGCUCCCUACGAGCGUGCUUUAUCCACGAAACUCUCGUAUAAUUGAAAUUAGCGAAGUGCCGCGCAUGCGUACAGCCCUCAUCAAGAAAUAUAUGAGUUUCUGCAGGAACUGCAGGAUUACAGCAAAUCUGGGAUGCGGACUCACAAAGAGGGACUAUUCGGAUGCGGAAAUGGUUGCCGCUUGUGCGGGAAAAGCCAUCAUCAAACCCGCUGAAGGAUACAUGCUGAUUAUGAAUAGUGAUACCGUUUCGGAAGAACAGAUGAAUGCCGUUUGUUCGAAAGCUGUGUACAUGGAAAUCUGCAUCGAAAUCAAAGGAUCACAGUUCCGUUCUCUAAGAUGUCCGCACCUAAGACAUCUGGUACCUUGUCAAGCAGGUAAACCCGCCAUCAAAAUCAUCGGCAAUCCAUAUCUAAGCGAAGUCUCUAUGUCAAAAACGUUAAUCUACCAUAGAGGAACCAAGACUCUGGAAAUUCGUGGCAAUCCAAUGUUAUCGUCAUGGUCGCUACGUACCCUCAAGAAGCUUUGCCCCGAAUGCAUCAUUCGAAAAAGAAUGUAA